CCCCCUCCUCCUGCCCGGCCCCACCAAGGCGGCCCCACCAGCCCCUCUCGUCGCCCGUAGCCAGAGCCGGCGACCAUGGCCACUUGGGCGGCCUGCAUGGGCGUCAGGAUGAGCUUGCUCUCCAUGGCGGGCAUCCGCUACGAGGGCAUCCUCUGUGACAUCAACACGGACGACUCCACCGUCGUCUUGGCGAAAGUGUGCUUGCGCGGGACGGAGGGGCGCCCCGCCGACCGUCCCAUUGCCCCUCGCGAGGAGGUCUUCGAACACAUCGUCUUUCGCAUCAGCGAGAUCAAGGACUUGACCCCGUGCGAGUACAUGCUGUCCGCUCUGCACCACGACGUGGCCAUGGUGCAGUCCUCGCCGGGCACCCCGGGGGGGGCCGCCGCUCGCUGCCACACGUGCGGUAUCGGAGCGGCGGCGAGCUGCCACUCCGCGCCGGGCACGCCGACCGGACCCCCCCGCGGUGCCACGGGCGGCCACCCGGGCCACGCGCGGCACGACGCCUGGGCCACAGCGGUCGGGCACCGUCCCUUCGUGCAGCCUGCGUACGGAGGAGCUGCGGGUACGGGAGGGGGGGGGUGCGGUGUGCGGUAAACAUCGGCACUGCAGGGCUGCACCUUUGCCCUCUUAAUGCCACGUGGUUUCCGUUGCCCAGUGGCCUUGCCUCGGGUCGUUUUCGCCUUUUGCUCGUUUAGAGGCAACUGCGUGAUUUCAAUGCGAUCUUAAUUGAACGCAGUUGAGUUGCAGCUAUCUUCAUGGAAUUAUUUCCGUAAGCGCAUGCAGGAAAAUAAAAGGCUCUGUGUAUAACAGCUCGAUGAUGAUGAUAAUGCAUAGUGCAUGCGGACGAGCAUUUUUGUUUUUACUUUGCGCUUGAUGGUGAUACCCAGUGAUUGUAUUUUAAAUUGUCGCCUUUUCAGAAUAACCCGUCAUUUAAAGCGUUAUUAUUUGGUGCCCUCUGUCAAUGGACUGCUCGGCGAAGGCCACGCUGUCUUGUCAUGCGGGGUGGGGUGGUUAUUUGACCUGCCACGCUUCACUUGUGCGGUUGUGGUGAAUGGGUAGGUGGGGAGCCAACCACCGAUUUGGAUAUAAUUCGCUCGUGAUGUGGCUGAGAAUCGAGUUAUUUUUUGCGUCGUUGGGUUCGUAGUUGUUCGAGAGCCACUCUUCUACCACGAGAUAAUACAAAUGUGGUGCUAAAUGGGUUUUGUUGUUUGCAAUAAUGGCGUUUACCAAGAAAGCCGCUUUAUUCAACGAUCAUUUGUGGCAAAGUGGCUUCUGAAAAAGUGCAAAUAUAGCUCGGUGUCUUGCCUGAUAAAAAAUAAAAACGUUUUAAAAUUACCCCUCUUCCACAACUUAACCCAAUUAAGAUUUGCACCAACAAAAUUUAAUUGCGGCUUCAAGGUCCUGCACGAUGCAUUUCUCCAUGGCGAUGAUGAACGAAGACUUUCUUUUUUAAAAUCUGUGGUUUUGUGAGAAACGAGGUUGCCAGAGGCAACUUGCUAUAUUGAUCUCAAUGAGGUGCUGUCGUGGUGCUGAGGUUGUGGCCACCCUGUUCACUGGCUGGGUAUUGAGAGAUGAGAGGA